AUGUCUGCUUAGGCUUUUCAAAAAUUAUAUCGUCAUUUCGUGAUAGCUACUUCCCAGAGUAGAGCACCUAUUGUGAUGAAACAUCUUGAGAGUUAAACCCCUUAUAUUCAGGUAGCUGAUGAGAUUUAUGCACAUUCAGUUGAGUAAUCUGAAGUUAUCAAUCCUAUAUUUAAAAAGUACUGCGACGAAGGCGAAAAAUAUUUCUCUGAUAAAGAGUCAUAAAAUGAUUUGAAGACCGAUUAACAAGAUGCAGUAUAAAAAAAAUAUGAAAGAGCGAUUAGAGACUACUUAUUUUUGCGUUAAUCAUGCUUUCUAGAACUAUAAAUUAUGGACUUGAAUAGGGUUGGAGUAGACAAAGAUUUGAAGAACAUCAUUAAGUAAACCGCAAGACAUGUUGGCCUUGAAAUGCCAAAGAGCUGGCAAUAGACUAUUAAGGAUCCAUUUGAUAAUAGAGACAAAAAUAAUGAAAAGAUAUGA